AUGGCCUCUCGUCGCCUCCCAGCCUUUGUCUUCCCACUUUUGCUUUUCACUUUCUCGCUUAUGUGCUCCAAAACACUGGUCCAAGGAGCUCGCUGUCUUCUCGAGACUCAAGUGCCUCAGGUGCCUGAGCUUCCAAAGCCUAAAUUGCCCCAUCUUUCUAGUCUUCCAACCUUGCCAAAGCCUGAACUGCCACAACUGCCGAAGCCCGAGCUGCCACCAUUGCCAAAGCCGGAGCUUCCACAACUGCCAAAGCCAGAGUUGCCACAUUUGCCUGAGCCAGAAUUGCCAUCAUUGCCUAAGCCCAAGUUGCCACCAUUGCUCAUGUACCAACUUUGCCAAAGCCUGAAGGCCUCAAGUUAG